CUUACCUCAUUACCUAGCGUCCCUGCUACUUAGUAGUAGUUUUGUAGUACUGCAUGUUAGUAUCCAAUUCUAAUCUCUGAUUUUGGGGAAGCUGCUAAGAGGGAAGAAAAUGGCUCCUUCUUCUAGUACUACAUUUUCACUAACAAUGAUGAUUCUUAGCUUAAGUCUUCUUUCUCUUAGCUUAUUUUGCUCUGCAUUUACCUCUCAAGAUUACUCUGAUGCUCUUGAAAAGUCCAUCCUGUUUUUUGAGGGACAGCGGUCUGGGAAGUUGCCGUCUAACCAGCGGCUCACAUGGAGGGGAGAUUCCGGGCUGUCUGACGGUUCCUCUUACCAUGUGGACCUAGUGGGUGGGUAUUACGAUGCAGGUGAUAACGUAAAGUUUGGCCUGCCUAUGGCUUAUACAACUACGUUACUGUCGUGGAGUGUGAUUGAAUUUGGUAGCUCAAUGAAGAACCAGGUUAAUAAUGCCAAAGCUGCCAUCCGUUGGAGCACGGAUUAUCUUUUAAAGGCAGCUACUGCAACUCCUGGCACCUUAUAUGUCCAAGUAGGAGAUCCAAAUAUGGAUCACCGUUGUUGGGAGAGGCCUGAAGACAUGGACACGCCACGAAAUGUGUACAAAGUCUCCACUCAGAACCCAGGGUCUGAUGUAGCAGCAGAGACAGCCGCAGCAUUAGCUGCAGCUUCUAUUGUGUUUAAAGAUUCUGACCCUUCUUACUCCUCCAAAUUGCUUAAAACUGCUAUGAAGGUAUUCGAUUUUGCAGACAAGUACAGGGGUUCUUAUAGUGACUCCCUCCACUCAGCGGUUUGCCCAUUUUACUGCUCUUACUCUGGAUACCAAGACGAGCUUCUCUGGGGUGCAUCAUGGCUACAUAGAGCUUCACAGAACAGUUUAUACUUGUCUUACAUCGAAUCCAAUGGCCAAACUUUGGGAGCAAACGACGAUGACUACUCCUUUAGUUGGGACGACAAGCGAGCAGGAACCAAGGUCCUUCUUUCCAAGGCGUUCUUAGAAGAAAACACACAAGAAUUUCAAUUAUACAAAGCUCACUCAGACAACUACAUAUGCUCUUUAGUACCAGGAUCAUCUAGUUUCCAAGCUCAAUAUACACCAGGGGGACUUUUGUAUAAAGCAAGUGAGAGCAAUUUGCAGUAUGUAACUUCCACAUCUUUGCUCCUCUUGACAUACGCCAAGUAUCUUAACUCAAAGGGAGGAGCUGUCAAAUGCGGGACUUCAACUGUAACAGCAGGAAAUCUCAUAACACUGGCGAAGAAACAGGUGGAUUACAUUUUAGGAGAUAAUCCAGCAAAAAUGUCUUACAUGGUGGGGUUUGGAAAGAAGUAUCCACAGCAUGUUCAUCACAGGGGCUCAUCGCUUCCAUCAAUUCAUGCACAUCCUGGUCACAUUGAUUGCAACAAUGGGUUUCAGUACCUCUACUCUUCCUCAUCCAAUCCCAAUCCCCUCGUUGGAGCCAUAUUAGGUGGUCCUGAUAAUAAAGACAGUUUCUCUGAUGAUCGCAAUAAUUAUCAGCAAUCCGAACCUGCUACUUAUAUCAAUGCACCGUUUGUCGGUGCCCUUGCUUUUUUCUCAUCCCAAACCACCGCAAACUAAAUCAAUGUAUCUUUGUCGUCUCUUUCUUGAUGAUUGGCAGUUCGGUAGUG